AUGUUGGGAGAACUCAUCACAAACUGUCUUAUGUUAAUUCUUGGAUAUGCGUAUCCAGCUUUUGAGUGCUUUAAAACAAUCGAGAAACAUGGAGUUGAAAAUGGAGAAUUAAGAUUUUGGUGUCAAUAUUGGGUAAUUGUCGCAAUACUCACAGUGUUUGAAAGGAUCGGUGAUAUAUUCAUCUCAUGGGUGCCAAUGUAUGGAGAGAUGAAGCUAGCACUCAUCAUCUAUUUAUGGUAUCCUAAAACUAAGGGAACUUGGUAUGUAUAUGAAGCAAUGUUAAGACCAUUUGUGGAAAGACAUGAGACAGAUAUAGAAAGAAGUUUAAAGGAAUUGAGAUCCAAAGCAUGGGACGUGGCAAUUUAUUAUUGGCACAAUUCGACUGAAUUAGGUCAAACUAAAAUCUUUGAGAUAUUUCAGUAUUUGGUCGAUAAACCUUCUUCAAGACCUGAGGUGUUGUUUCAAAAUCAGGGGAACUCCGGGGAGGGACGUCCUCCGCCGCCUCCGGCUACUCCGGCGUCUUUUUUCCGGUCAGAACCGGCUGAAGAAAGGUGGGUGCCGACUGCGCCGCCUGCUCCGUCGACGCCAAAUAGCAGCCGUCACCACCCUGUGUACGCGGAGGAACUUCACCUUCCACCAUCGCCGAGUAGAUCCGGGUCGAAUUCGGGUCAAAGAGAACCCGUUUGGCUAAGAUUUAGACGAUCGAGGGGACUUUGAUCGGUAGAAUAGAAGUGGUGGACGGAUGUACAAAUUGUAAAGAAACGCAAGAACAAAGAAAGUUGUAAUCUGAUUUUGAUUUUCAUUCAUUCAAUUGAUUUCUUUUUUUGUUUCUACAAAUUGAGAAAAUCAAAGCGAAAUUGUGGUGGGUGUUUUACAAUUCUGUUACCUUCUGUAAGUGUUAUAAUUUGGAGGCGGUGGUUCCGGCUUGGAGGAGGCAAUCGAAGGCUGCGGUUAUGAGACUGAGGACAGCAGUGGAGAACUGAAUCCAGAAGCGGUGGAGAACGGUGGUUCCGUCGGCUUCAGGAAAGGUGGACAUGGGUUGAAGGUAAGCCCAUGCUGCCUGUUUCACAAGGUGAUUCUUUAUCGAGAUUUCAUAACCCGAAUGGACGGCGGAGCAUGCAGCUUUAGGGGACUGGACGAAGGAUGUCGGCGAUGGAAGUAUAUCCCGGAGGGAAGUAUAACAAGUGGGUUUGAUCGCGACCAGCUCAAAAUCCACUGAAGAAGAAGAAGAAGAUGAGGAGGAGGAGGUGGUGGAGGUGGUGGCGAUGGAAGAGGUGGAAGAAGAGUGGUAGGGUUUUAUAUCUACAGUUGGUGACCCGGUGGAGUUCCGUCGUCUGAGGAUGGGGAUUGCUGGUGUGCUAGAUUCACCGGCGGCGGUGGCGGUGGCGGUGGCGGCGGCGUCCAUGGCAGUUGAUGAAUUUGUGAAAUUAGAGAGAGGAAAAGGUUUUAUAAGAUUUGAGAAAUGUUAAAUGGUUUUGUAGUAUGAGUAAAGCCAAUAAUUGGCGUAUAUUGUCCAUGUCUUUGUAUUUUCUUUCAAGAUUUAUUAAAAAAACAUAAACAAUUUCCAAUCAAAAUU